AUGGAUUGGAAUCCACAAACACCACAGUUUAUGUCGCAAUCUUUCCUCGAUACACUCUUCCCUCAACCCGAACUCCGCCGCCAUGCUGAUGAAAAGUUAUCCUACUCCGCCGAUACCCCUAACUACAGCCUUGCCGUUCUUCGCCUGGUUGCUGAACCUUCCAUUGACGAGCAGACCCGCCAAUUGGCUGCUGUUAACUUUAAGAACCAUCUUAAAACCCGGUGGGUGUCCUCAUCUGACAUCCAUAUUCCCGAUGGUGAAAAAGAGAAAAUUAGGACUCUAAUAGUGCCUGUUAUGCUCUCCGCCACCCGGAAAAUCCAGGACGAGCUUAGCGAAGCCAUAGCUGUGAUUGGAGACCAUGAUUUUCCUGAGUUUUGGCAGGCUUUGCUUCCUGAAUUAGAGUCCAGUCUUGAAAUGGCUAUCAAUUCAAAUGAUUUUACUUCUGUCAACAGUAUCCUUGCUAUUGUUUGUUCUCUGUUUAAGAGAUUCUGUUGUGGGUUUAAUUCUUUGUUCAAGAAAUUUCGGUAUCAGCCUAAGAGGAAUAACAUAAUGCUUGAUUUGAUAUACUGCUCGGAUAACUUUGCCACACCGUUGCUGAGUACUGUUGAGAGUAUUUCAAGGAAGAUAAAUGCUGCUGCUGCUGUUGGGUCUGUUGCAACCCUCCGGCAGUUACUUGAAGCACGAAGGCUCUGUUGUAGAAUAUUCUAUUCGCUCAAUGUUUUGGAUGUGCCUGAAAAAUUCGAGGAUAAGGCAGAUGAAUGGAUGAAUGAGUUUAAGAAUUAUCUCAGAGAGAGGUACCCAGGUAUAGAGGAUGGUGGCGAUGCAGACUGUGUUUCACUUGUUGAUGAGUUACGAGCAGCUGUAUGUGAAAACAUAAGCCUCUACAUGGAUAAAAAGGAGGAACUUUUGCAAAAACACGUGAGUGACUUUGUAGAAGCUGUUUGUAGUCUCCUUGUUGCUGCAUCAGCAUCUGAUCGGUUUACCGUGACUGGCGUCAAAUUGUUGAGCACUGUCAGCAAGAGUGUUCACCAUGAAUUGUUUGCUGGCAAUGAUAUAUUGCAGCAGAUUAUUCAGAAUAUUGUUAUUCCAAAUGUGAUGUUAAGGGAUGAAGAUGAAGAACUCUUUGAGAAGAAUUAUGUGCAGUUUAUAAAGAGAGACAUGGAAGGGAAUGACCUUGAUACAAGAAGGCGAAUUGUGUGUGAGCUUCUCAAGGGUAUUGCCGGAAAUUACAAAGAGAAAAUCACCGAGUGUGUCUCAACACAGAUACACAAUUGCUUGGCACUGUUUACUGAAAACCCAACUGCUAAUUGGAAGUAUAAGGAGUGUGCCAUCUACUUGGUUGUCUCUCUUGGUUCAGUCUCAAGCAAUGAUGUUGUUGAUGUUGAAAGUUUCUUCAGAUCAGUUAUUGUCCCAGAAUUACAGAGUAAAGACGUGAAUGGUUUCCCAAUGUUGAAGGCAGCUGCAUUGAGGUUUUUCACAGUGUUCCGUGUCUUGAUUCCUAAACAUGUAGCAUUGCCUCUUCUUGGUGAGGUGGUCCGAUAUGUUGGUUCAGAUAUGAACGUGGUUCAUUCGUAUGCUGCCAUCUCUAUCGAGAAGCUUUUAAUUGUGAAAGACGAAGAUGACAAUGGACUACAAGAAGGAAGAUACACAUCAAUGGACAUCCAUCCCAUUCAUGAAGACUUGCUUUAUAAUCUUUUUGAUGCAUUAGAGAAGGCCUCUUUCUUAGAGGAGAAUGAGUAUAUAGUGAGGUGUAUCAAUCGUGUUCUUCAGAUGGCUGUUCUAUCUUAUGGGAUGGUCUCACACUGUAUUAUUUACCUGACCAAAGCUCUUACCCGGGUCUGUGGCCGUGGCCCUAAAACCCUGGUGUUUAAUCAUUUUCUAUUUGAGGCAGUUGCUACUCUUGCAAAAAGAGCAUGCCAAAAGAACCCUUCGCUUGUUACUGACUUCCGUGCCUUCAUUUUACGCAUCUUUCGGAGGAUAUUGGGUGGAAAAGUAAGAGAGUUGUAUCCUUAUGCUUUUCAGUUGUUGGCUCAACUUGUGGUUUUAAACAGACCUCCUCUACCCCCAGUCUACAUGGAGAUAUUUGAUGACAUGUUAUUAGGACCUGCUUUGUGGGAAGAGUCUGCAAAUGUCCCGGCCCUUGUUUGUUUGCUUCAGUCGUUUAUUCACCAAGCACCCGAUGAGCUGCUUCUUAACGGGAAAAAGAGAUUAGCAUCUGUGGUUGGGAAAAUCAACAAACUCGUGUCUUCACCCGACACAGAAGAAGAAGGAUUUCAUCUUCUCAACACAGUGAUUGAGAGUUAUGAGUAUGGUGUUAUAGCAGAAUACAUGAACCACAUCUGGGCUCCAGUGCUCACUCGCCUUCAAAAUAGCAAAACCCCAAGACUUGUUAGGUGUGUGAUCGUAUUUAUGUCUCUGUUUUUGGUGAAGCAUGGGGUACAAACUCUUGUGGACUCGAUAAAUUCUGUUAAGGCGGAUUUAUUCCAUGUGAUUUUGGGUGAGUUUUGGAUACCCAAUCUGAAGACCAUAACCGGGUACAUGGAGGCUAAGCUGAGUGCAGUUGCAUCAACUAAACUGCUUUAUGAAUCAGCAUCACUGUUGGAUCCUGCAGCUGAGGAGCUUUGGGGGAAGUUGUUGGAUGCCAUUGUUACUCUUCUUCUCUCAUUGCCACUGCCAAAGGAGGAAAGAGUUGAGGAUGAGGAUGAACCAGAUUUAACUGGUUAUCCAGGAUCCAGAUUUGUUCGUCUUCGAAAUGCUGGUGAUAAAAAAGAGGAGGAUCCUUUGGAGGAAAUCCAGGAUCCGAAACAGUUUUUUGUAGCUUUUCCUGCAAAUCUCUCUUCUGAUUUCAGUGGGAAAUUCCCCGUGGUUAUUACCAAACAUCUUUCUCCACCUAAUCAAGCUGCACUUGUCAAGCUAUGCAAUUCCUACAAUAUUGCCCUAGCAUGA